AUGUCGUUCCUUGGGCUCCCCCCCUCCCUGACGCUGACCGCCCUGGUCGUCUUCACCGGCCUGCUCUAUGCCCAGCACCGACGCCAGCCGAAGGAGCCAGGACGCCCGAAGGUGGCCCCGUACUGGAUCCCAUGGAUCGGCAGUGCGCUGAGCAUGGGCCUCGAUACGGACGGUUUCCUGCUUAAGAAUGCACGCCGUUACGGUCCCGCUUUCUUUGUCGACGUUAUCGGCGUUCGGUUUUUGUACAUCGUUCACCGGGACCCCAUCAAGUGGGCGCUGCGUCGGCCUCGUGACAUUUCAAUCCGCAACGUCGAGUUCGACUCCCUGCAAGCCAUCUUUGACAUCUCGAAGGAAGCUGCAGCUCAAGAGACCGCGAACGCUGUCGCUUUCAAGACACUCUCCAGGGACACCACGAAGUGGAGUGUCAAGCCUACUGUAGCAUGCUUCAACGAAAUAUUCCAGAACGGUGUUGAGGAACUCAAGGCUGGUUUCACGAAAGAUGAACUUGCGAACGGCAAGGUCAUCGGCUUUGCCGACGUCUUCCUCCCCGUCAUCUACAACGCCUUCUCCAAGGCGGCUCUCGGUAGGAACUACGCCGGCACGCCGUUCUGGAAGUCGCACAACGAGUUCCACGACGCAUUUCCCGUCCUCUUCUCUGGCAUGCCAAAGAUCCUCGCGGGCGCCGGUAUUAAGGGUCGCGAUCACCUGUGGAAGGAGACGUAUAAGCUGCUGCUCGAGCACCUGAAGACAGACGACCCCAAAGCCCACGACGGGCCGAUCUUCAUGAAGAUCCUUGCCAAGGUGAUCGACCAGCAGCCGGACAUGGACAUGCACGACGCUGCGAAGAUGGUCAACCUCUACAUGUUCGCCGGCGAUAACAUCGGUCUCGGCUCGUUCUGGAUCGUGUCCCGCAUCCUCGCCCACACCGGACUGUACGCGCAGCUCUCCGCCGAGAUCGAGCGCGCGUGGCAAGGGUUCCGCGCGCGCACGCCUACCAUCGUCGUGGCCAAGUCCGAGGGUGACGUCGGCGUCGAGCGCCCGGUGACGUUCGCGGACAUGCUCAACGACCUCGAGACGCUCGACCGCGACCUGCCGCUGCUGAACAGCGUGUUCAAGGAGAUGACCCGCUUCCACGGCAAGCAGAUGUUCGUCCGCCGCGCGGAGACGGACAUGCUCCUCCCCGUGGGCACCGACGACGAGCCGGACAAGACCGUCGUCGUCCAGAAGGGCGACAACAUCAUCCUGUACAUGCGCCCGACCCACUUCCGCGAGGACACGUUCAAGGACCCGCACACGUUCCGCCCGGACCGGUUCGUCUCCGUCGACGGCAAGGACGUCGGCGAGAUCGACGAGAGCAAGUCCGGGUUCAUGGUUCCCUUCGGAUUCGGCACGACCGUCUGCCCCGGCCGCUACCUCGCGUCGUUCGAGAUCAAGAGCGUCGUGAUCUGGCUCCUGCACGCGUUCGACAUCGAGCACGCCGGCCUCACCGGCCUGUCUCGCUUCCUUCCGCACCAGACCGCGGGCAUGGACAAGCCCGUCUGCCGCCAGAACCUCGCGACGUUCGGGACGCCGCUCAGCAUGCCGUUCGGUGACCAGCUCGUCAAGCUGAAGCCCAAGGCCAUCUGAGCGCGAGCGUAACGCUUGAUCCAACGUUGGUUGUUAGUCCCGUCGUGUGUUCCUCAACGCAUCGCAUCAGUAGACCGGUGUACACGAGGUCCCAUGCAGGGGUCGUUAUAGUCUAUCGUUUCUUAUCACAUUGUAUUCUUCUCCAAAUAAGGCGGUGACAUUCCCUUACCUGUGGAGAACGCAGUUCGAGC